GGGUGGAGGAGGAGUAUGAAGGCUCAUUGACUACUAAGCGGUGAGCUCUUGGAACGGGACAACACUUUCUGCCCAGCGGAGAAUAGUAUUUUUGGAAAAGUUUUUCUCUUGAAAGCAUGUCCAAAUAUAAGCCAUGGCAGGUUGGUUGCUGUCUCUGUAUCGGUUUAUUUGGUGCUAUAAUAUUAAUCUGUCUCUGCAUACUAGCCUUCGGCGUAUUUAUCCACCGAGGAUGCUCCGAGGACACGUACAAGCACGCGGCGGUUUCUGCGGAUAAACUUUGCUCGGACAUUGGCAGAGAUAUACUGCAACAAGGAGGAUCGGCAGUAGAUGGCGCCAUUGCAGCUCUGUUGUGCACUUCACUGGUCAACCCUCAGAGCAUGGGCCUGGGAGGAGGCUCCAUAUUCACUGUUAGGGACAAAACUGGCAAGGUGAAAACCUUCAGUUCGAGAGAGACUGUUCCACAGUCAUCCAAAGCUGAUCUGCUGAAGGGCUGUCCAACAUCUGUCACAUUUAUCACAGGUAGUCAGUGGAUUGGCGUUCCUGGAGAGUUGCGUGGGUAUGAGGUGGUUCACAGAAUGUACGGGAAGCUGCCCUGGGCCAGGCUGUUUGAGCCCAGCAUUAGACUGGCCAGAGAAGGAUUUCCUAUGCCACCCUUCCUGGGAUCCCUCCUUAACAUCACACUCAUAGGAAACCUGGUGAAAGCAACAUCACUCUGUGAGGUGUUCUGCCACAAGAACAAGACGGUGCUGGGCAUAGGAGACAUGUUGAAGUUCCCUAAACUGGCAGAAACCAUGGAAAACAUUGCAGAACAAGGUGUAGAUGCCUUUUACACUGGCCAAAUUGGACUUGACUUGAUCCAAGACGUAAAAGCAGCAGGUGGGACCCUUACCAUGGAGGAUCUGAAGUCAUUCAGAGUCAGAGUGGAGGAUGCCUGGACUGUUCCUCUUGGCGAUUACCAGAUGCACAUCCCUCCACCUCCUGCAGGGGGAGUCAUGCUUGCCUUCAUCCUCAACCUUGUUAAAGGGUUCCAUUUCACCCCCAGGUCCAUGGAGGAGGACCAGAAGGUCCUGACCUAUCACUGCUACAUAGAGGCAGCUAAAUUUGCUAACGGACAGAGGAACAGCGUUCACGAUCCUGUUUUCAACACUAAAAAAGAUGCAUCGUAUAUGGUGGACUCUGACUUUGCUGAUCGGAUCAGGGUAUUGAUCAGUAAAAACCGUACCUAUAAUGACUCCUACUACAACAUAACACCUUCCCCUGACCGCUUUGGGACCACACAUGUGUCAGUCCUGGCUGAAGAUGGAUCUGCAGUCUCUGUCACAAGUACCAUCAACCAAAUUUUUGGUGCAGGGAUUUACUCCAGUAGAACAGGCAUCAUCCUCAACAACGAGCUGGCUGACUUCUGUUUUAGAGCAGAGAGAUUGAGUGCAGGUGAACAGCCUCCCUCUUCAAUGGCUCCAGCUAUACUGAGCUCCAGCUCUGGGAAAAAUACCCUUGUAAUUGGGGGAUCAGGGGGUAGCCUGAUCACGACCGCCAUGGCCCCGUCCAUAAUGAACCACCUUUGGUUGGGGAUGAGUUUGAAAGAUGCCAUUGCUGCUCCUAUAGUGUUCGUCGAUGGCAACAACAAUGUGAUGUUUGAGAAUGGCUUUGAUAAGUCUGUGAUAGAGGCCCUUAAGAUCAUUGGACACAGAGUGACAGACUUCGAAUACUUCUUCAAUGUGGUCAAUGCUGUGGCCAAGGAGGACGGAUGCAUCACAGCCGUGUCAGAUGCCAGGAAGCAGGGCAAAUCUGCUGGCUACUGACCAAGGUUUACAGCCAAUUAGUUGGCUUUAGAACACUGUACAGUAGGUCCCAGAGGACAGUACUUUUAGUGAGAUUUAUUUUUUGUAAUUCUAUUAUCUUCAUAUAUGAACAUUUUUAUCUAAACCAACAGUCCAGAGCCUUAAGCAGAAUCAAAUGGCCCUCUUGACAAAAUACUGGAGUUUCUAAUUUUACCAAGUACAAACAAUUACAUGCUUGUUCUUAAUGACUUAACUGUGCAGUACACAUAGAUUAUAGCACAAGGGAGGUCCCGAAGGAACUCAAAUGGGAAGAGAAGGUCAGUACAGCCUGUCAGCCUGUACUAACAUGGGACUCAUACUGUGACCACAAGGACUUGUCAGAUUCAGGACAGGACAUGGUACAACAUGUUACAACUCAAUCCUCCAAGUUCAUUUAUUAGUCCCUCUCCGGAGUGUUGCAGCAAUGCUCUGAGACUCAUACUUUGAGAUAAAACAGGCUUUUUGCAGCCCCCUUCAGUGUCAGAAAGGAGCUCCACUGCCUAAUAAUGCUAAAGCACCCUUUGCUGACUCUAACAGCUACCCAAUCAGCUUGCUGCCUAAUCUUAUUAAACUGGUGGAGAGAAUUGUGUUUGACCAAAUACAAUGCUACUUUUCAGAGAACAAAUGAACUACUGACUUUCAGCAUGCAUAUACAGAAAAGCACUCAACUUGUACUGCACUGACUCCGAUGACGGAUGAUUGGUUAAAAUAAAUGGAUAAUAAGAUGAUAGUUGAAGCUGUAUUGUUAGAUUUCAAUGCAGCCUUUGAUGUUAGAUCAUAAAUUGUUAUUGAAGAAACUCACAUUGGCUUUACAUCACUUGCCAUCACAUGGUUGGACAUCACAUGGUUGGACAAUUCCACACUCUACAUGUCAGCACCAAAAGUCGGUGAGCUCACAAAAUAAAUAAAUAAAAGAUUGUUAGUUUUAGAAUGAGUGAAUAAUAAUAAUAAACUGGUCUUAAAUACAUUUCAAACUAAAAGCAUUGUAUUUGGUUCAAAACAUUCUCUAGGCCCUAAACCUCAACUGGAGUUGUACAUAAAGGGUGUGACCAUUGAGCAAGUUGAGGAAGCUGAACUCCUACGCACAGUACGUAUAACACUGGAUGGUCAAUUAUCAUGGGCAAGUCAUAUUGGCAAAGUUGUUGUGAAGAUGGGGAGGGGUAUGUAUUUUAUAAAAAGAGGUUAUGUGUUUGAGACAAAUCAACUUGGCAUGUAUAACAAGGCAAUUAGAAAUUCCAGACAAGCUCGUUUUCUAACUUGAUCACUAAGAUCAGGGUGGCAGGGUAGCCUAGUGGUUAGAGCGUUGGACUAGUAACCGAAAGGUUGCAAGUUCAAAUCCCUGAGCUGACAAGGUACAAAUCUGUCCUUCUGCCCCUGAACAGGCACUUAACCCACUGUUCCUAGGCCGUCAUUGAAAAUAAGAAUUUGUUCUUAUCUGGCUUGCCAAGGUAAAAUAAAAAAAAUAAUCUGAAUGUGUUUGAGACAAAUCUACUUGGCAUGUAUAACAACCAUUGAUGACCUGAUUUAAUCCUACCCCUGCAAGCGAACCUGCAAACUUUCCUCCACAGCUAAAAGCUCAAAUAACACCUAGCUUUUCAUCUGGUGUUUUAUCUUUAUUCCACUUUAAUUAAAAUAUGCGGCCAGAUUCUCUCUGUGGUUUGGCGCCAACAAUAAAUCUUGUCUUGAUUUAGCUGGAGGAAGUUGUAAGACAUCCAAGUAUUUAAAUCACUAAUACAGUCUAAUAAUUUAUCCGUGUAGCUAAAAUCCUCUGGUGACACAAAUGUAAAGUUGUGUAUGAAGUGCCAGCUGUAUUUUAGAAAAAUUCCAAUCUGGUUUUCGUGCCCACUACAGCACAGAGACAGCCUUAGUUAAGGUGGUAAAUGAUCUUAGCGCUAACACAGAUGCCAAACAGCUCUCCGUCCUUGUACUCUUGGAUUUAGGUGCUGCAUUCAACACGGUUGACCAUGAUGUCCUUUGGAAAGACUGGAGAGGUGGGUUGGCCUCUCAGGUCCAAUUCUAAAUUGGUUCAGGACCUAUUUGAGUUUUUUUGUGACUCAUGGUGAACAUAACUCAGAGAAAAUACUACCACCUGAGGAACAUUGCCAAGGCGCGGCCAUUUCUCUCUCAGGCUGAUACAGAGAGACUCGUCCAUACUUUUAUUAUAAGCAGGCUUGACUACUUUAGUGCUCUCCUGUUUGGUCUACCCAAGAAAGCUAUUGGUCAACUGCAAAACAUACAGAAUGCUGCUGCACUGGUACUGACCAAGACCAGACGGAGAGCACACAUUACACUGGUUUUAAGGUCUCUGCACUGGCUGGCUGUGAGUUUUAGAAAUUCAUUUUAAGAUUCUUAUAUUGCUUUUUAAAUCAAUCCAUAAUUGUGUACCCCAAUACAUGUCAGACAUACUUUUUAAGUUAUGUACCCAGUAAGUCCCUCAGGUCCUCUGGUACUGGCCUUUUAACUAUUCCAAAGCCUAGGAUCAAGAGGCAUGGAAAGGCAGCCUUUAGUUAUUAUGCCCCCAGCCUCUGGAACAGCCUGCCAGAGAUCCUCAGUGGGCUGAAACUGUGGACAUAUUUAAAAGAGAUCUUAAAACACCUUUUUAGCUUUUGCUUUUCCUUAGUUCUUUUUAGUCAUUUAGUUUUUGUUAUUCUUUUUAUCCUCUUAUUGUGUAGUAAAUAUUUAAGUUUAUUUUUCCUGUGAAGCACAUUGCGUUGCAUUCCAUGUCUGCAAUGUGCUGUAUAAAUAAAGUUUGAUUUAUACUAGUU